AUGGGUGUUCCUUCUCUACCCAGUGAAGCGGUUGCCCCGCCAAAGGACCACGAACAGCAGUGGGUGCAUGAUGUAUACAACGAAAUUGCACCGCAUUUUUCGCUGACACGGUACAAGCCAUGGCCUAUUGUAGAGAAGUUCUUGGGAGAACAGAUUGAUCACAGUAUUGGAUUGGAUGUAGGCUGCGGCAACGGGAAGUAUUUGGGCGUAAACAAGAAAUUGUAUAUGAUUGGUUCGGAUCGGUCUCUGGGACUCAUCGACUGUGCACAGUCAAAUAGUGGGAAUCUGUUCUCGUUAUGUGUGGCCGACGGACUACAUCUUCCACAUGAGAAUGGGCGGUUCGACUUUGCGAUUUCGAUCGCGGUGAUCCACCAUUUCUCAACCGAAGAGCGUAGAAUCGAUGCCAUUCGUCACAUUCUCUCGAAAAUCCGCGUGGGCGGCCGGCUUUUGGUCUAUUGCUGGGCAUUGGAACAGGAGAAGUCCCGUCGAGGCUAUAAAGAGGGCGACGCGCAGGAUGUUCUUGUGCCCUGGGUGCUUCAGAAGAAGACCAAGAAGAGUCUGAAGGGUGCCGAUGAAGCGGACGAGAAGAGUGAAAAGGAGGAGAAGAAGGUUGAGCAGGAGACCAAGUAUCGCUACUACCAUCUCUAUCGUGAGGGAGAACUCAUAGACAAUGCUGUCAAGGCCGGCGGCGUGGUGGUGGAACAUGGAUAUGAGAAGGACAACUGGUGGGCUAUCAUUGAGCGGGUAUAG